CUCUCUCUCUCUCUCUCAUACCUCUCCCUAUAUCUAUCUCCCUUGCCAGGCGGCGUUUUUCUUACAAGAACCUGACAAGAGAAGAAGAAACAGAGAGAGAGUUUUGCUUAUUUUACCGUUCUACCCUCACAACUGAAAACAGCAAAUACGGUUUAUUUUUUUCUUCUUGUGUGCCUUUCAAGAGAAAAAAAAAACAAGACUGUUCGUCCUCGCAGAGAACAAAUGAUCGAGACUGGAAGGUACCUUAUCGGUGUCGCCGGUGCUAGCGGCUUCGGCUCGAAGUCCACCGCCGAUGAGGUAACGGAGAACUGUGACCUUCGUUCCACAACAGCCAUAAUCACCGGUGCGACGUCGGGGAUCGGAGCGGAGACGGCGAGAGUGCUGGCCAAACGAGGAGCGAGGCUUGUUUUCCCGGCGAGGAACGUGAAAGCGGCGGAAGAAGCUAAAGGAAGGAUCGUAUCUGAGUUUCCUGAGGCGGAGAUCGUCGUCAUGGAGCUUGAUCUCAGCUCUAUCUCCUCCGUGCGGGGCUUCGUCGCCGGGUUCGAAUCUCUCCAUCUACCUCUUAAUCUUCUCAUAAACAACGCAGGCAGAUUAGCACAUGAACAUGCAAUAUCCGAAGACGGGAUCGAGAUGACAUUUGCCACUAAUUAUCUAGGCCAUUUUCUAUUGACGAAUCUGCUACUGAAGAAGAUGAUUCAAACGGCAGAGGAAACAGGAGUUCAAGGGAGGAUUGUUAACGUUACAUCCGGCAUUCACGGCUGGUUUUCUGGCGAUUUGAUCGAAUAUCUCCGGCAGAUAUCCCAACCAAAGUGUCAAUUCGAUGCGACACGUGCGUAUGCUCUCUCGAAGCUUGCCAACGUUUUGCAUACCAAGGAGCUCUCUUCUAGACUCCAGAAAAUUGGAGCAAACGUGACGGUAAACUGCGUACACCCAGGGGUUGUAAAAACCCGGUUAACAAGAGACCGGGAAGGCUUAUUGACAGAUCUCGUCUUCUUCCUGACUUCCAAGCUCCUGAAGACCGUCCCUCAAGCAGCAGCAACGACGUGUUACGUGGCAACAAAUCCAAGGUUGAUGAACGUAUCGGGAAAGUACUUUACGGAUUGCAAUGAAACCACACCAUCUGGACUCGGAUCCAACUCCUCCGAAGCUACCAAGCUAUGGGCUGCGUCUGAGAUUCUGGUAACUCAACAUUCCAAGACCGGGUUCGACCCACUUAGCUAAAGAAAACAUUAGUAACUUAUAUACCCCUAGGAAAAAUAUAUACACACAUCUAAGUAGCUGAGAACACAAACAUAUUAUGAAGUUUAGUUAAAUCCCCCGAAGUUAUACUGUAUUCAAGAGUCUUAUAAACAAAACAUAGAUGAUUUAUACAACUAGUGUUCUAUUUCUAUAGUACUAAUGCGAAGCAGAUGUACAUUUAUAUCUUUGUUUAUACUAAUUAUUUAUAUAUAAUAAUAAAUUUUAGUUUUCGUUUUCA